CCCGUUGCAAUCCGCGUUUGGUUCCUGUAAGGGAAACGGUAAAAAGCAGAGCGUGGUGAGCGGCGGGAGGUUAGCUAAGGCUUCAGGGCGGGUCACUGAAAAGACGUAUAUAAAGAUAUACCGGAGUGCAGAGGGGCGCGAUGAGUGACAUACGCCAUUCUCUCCUGCGGCGCGAUGCCCUCAGUGCAGCCAAGGAGGUGCUCUACCACCUAGAUAUCUAUUUUAGCAGCCAGCUGCAGAGUGCCCCCGUGCCAAUGGUGGAGAAGGGGCCCAUCGAGUUACUCGAAGAGUUUAUCUUCCAAGUUCCCAAGGAUCGAGGAUCCCACAACAAGCGUCUCACUGCCAUGCAAGAAUUGCAGCUGCUGGAGAUUCUUUGCAACUACUUCCAAGACCAAACCAAGGAUGCGGUCCGCCAGGUCAUCUUCUCCUCGCUGUUCAGCCCGCAGGGUAACAAAGCGGACGAGCAGCGUAUGGCUCUCCUGGGGAAGCUGACUUCCAUGGCCGUGGCAGUAUGCAGGGUGCCCGUGCUGGAAUGUGCUGCCUCGUGGCUCCAGCGCACCCCUGCCGUGUAUUGCGUACGCCUGGCCAAGGCUCUGGUGGGCGACUACUGUGGUCUAGUUCCAGGCUCCAUCCAGACCCUUAAGCAGAUCUUUAACGUCAGCCCGCGCUUCUGUUGCCAGUUCAUCACGGCAGUCGCCGCCCUGUAUGAUAUGUCCACAGAGGAGCUCAUCCCCCCUCACGACCUCCUGGAAAUGAUUGUAUCUUGGAUUUUCGAGGACCCUCGUCUCAUUCUGAUCACGUUCCUCAACACCCCUAUUUCGGCCAACCUGCCUCUCGGAUUCUUGGAAUUCUCCCCCUUGAUGGGUUUAGUGCGGUGGUGUGUGAUAGCCCCUCUGGCCUACAGACGCAAAAAAAAGGCGGCGGGUGGUGGGCCUAUUGUGGAAGACCAAAACCUUUACUCCAAGUUACAUUUGAGUGUGCUGCAAGGCCUCAUGGUCCUUCAGACGCACCUGACGGAGAAGAGUCUGUAUGGGCGCUUAGCGCUUAUCCUGUUUGAGCAGCUUGUGCCUCUGGUGGAGGAGCUGGGGCAACUCUGCGAGGAGCUUAACCCACUGAACGCGGAGCAAGAGAUGGAACUGGCGUUGGAUCGGCUGGCACAAGCGUUACAAGUCUCCAUGGCGACAGGAGCGCUACUUUGCACCCGGGAUGACCUGAGAACCCUCUGCGCAAGACUUCCCCAUAACAACUUAAUGCAGUUGGUGGUGUCCGGUCCAGUGCAGCCGCAGCCUUCUCAUCCGACUCUGACCCCUGCCUACUACCCUCACAUUCAUACACCACCUCUGGGUUACCCCACGCUCCCCGCCCAUGGAGCAUUACCAGCACACACAGCAUUGCCCGCUCAUGCUGCCCUUCCUGCUCAUACUACUCUACCUGCUCAUGCAGCGUUGCCCGCUCACACAGCACUCCCCACCCAUGCAGCCCUGCCAACACACCCCGCACUACCAGGGCAUCCUGUGCAGACAUUCAUGCCCGGCAUGACCUUUCCUUUUCGACCAAUGCGUUGAUUGCCUCUGCACUAUUCCGGAGACGGACUCACGGAGCACAGGCCCGCGUGGCGAUGCUUCAGGGAUGAGGCGACCUUUUUAGAUGUUCCAGGACGAUGGCAUCACACACAGAGGACCUCCCGGCUGCCUGGUGACAUCAGGCCAGGGACAGACAUGAUUCCGCUGCAUAGCUCACAUCCUCACUGUAUGGACUGUAAUGGCAGGGCCAAUAUUCUUAUUUUUGUAUACAAGGGGGAAAAGGAGGAGAGUAGUGGCAGCUCUCCUUUCAGGGCAUGCUGAGAGUUGUAGUUUUACAACUGCUGUGGAGCCACAGGUUGCUAAUCAGCCUCUCAAAGAAGCAUUUGUUCCAUCAGCCACGUCUUUACACACACUGCCAGAAUAUGGCGUUAGGCUGCUUUCGCACACAGGCUUUUGCUGGUGUUUUUCUGGCUUUUUUGUUGUUUUGUUUUUUGCUGUAAAAACGCAAGUUCCAGAUGUUGGCUGAAGGCCUAUGGCAGGGCUGGCCAACCUGUGGCUCUGCAGCUGUUGUAAAACUACUGUUCCCAACAUGCCCUGCUGUAGGGUGUCUGGGCAUGCUGGGAGUUGUAGUUUUGCAACAGCUGGAGAGCCACAGGUUGGCCCUCCCUGGCCUAGAGGAAUUAGGAAAUGCUGGACAUUUUUUUUUUUUUGGGGCUAGUGGUUAUUCUGGCGUUUUUUUUCUACACAGUGUGACUUACCACUAGCUUUAUCUUCACGUUUUUUUCCCUGUGGACACACAAGCUUUUUAAUUUAAAGGUGGUCCUUUUUUUUUUUCUUGUCUUUUUUACUUCUUUUCAUUAACGCAGUUUGUUUUCAAGUCACCUUCUCUAUAGGGGAAAAAAUGCCAUGAAGAAAAAGUAGCGGUAAGGCCUCACGCACACAACUGUUUUUCGGUUCCGCAUCCGACCUGCAGUUUUUGCGGCUCGGGUGCAGACCCAUUCACUUCAAUGGGGCUGCAAGGACAGCCCCAUUGAAGCAUGUCCUAUUCUUGUCCGUUUUGCGGCCAAGAAUAGGCAUUUCUACAAUGGGCCGCCUGUUCCGCAAAUUGCGGAAGGCACACGGGCGGCUUUAGUUUUUUGCGGAUCCGUGGUUUGUGGACUGCAAAAAACGGCACGGUCGUGUGCAUGAGGCCUAAGACAUACUGGUGUUCCCAUACGCCAGUGUUGAAACCCCCCCCCCCUUCCCCCCGGAGUAAGAUGCGCCUAAUUUACUGGUAGGCAAAUGCUGGCUGGAGGUGGGAAGCUGUGCCCCCUCUUUCCAGGCCCCAACCCUUUCUCAGCUCUGCAGAGAAGUUGCAGGAAGCUGUGACAACGCCACAGCAGUGGUAUAAAAGCUUUAAUAAAUGUCCCCCCACUGUGUGCAAAAAAUGCCAGAAAAGCCGCCAGCCAAAAAAAUAACUUGCACGUCUUGCAUUUCCUAAUUCCAAUAGACCAGGGAUGCCCAACCUGCGGCCCUUCAGCUGUUGCAAAACUACAACUCCCAGCAUGCCCUAAUAGCUGUAAGCUAUCCAGGCAUGCUGGGAGUUGUAGUUUUGCAACAGCUGGAGGGCUGCACUUUGGACAUGCCUGCAGGUUGUCCAGGCAUGCUGGGAGUUGUAGUUUUACAACAGCUGGAGGGCUGCAGGUUGAUCUUCCGUGACAUAGACUUCCAGCUAAUAUCUGGAGCUGUUUUGUUUUUGUUUUUUUGGGCAAAAACUACCACAAAAAAAUGCCACUAAAAAUGCAAAAGAGCUUAAAAAAGCCAUGAAAUGCUAUGUUUGAAUCCAGCCUUAGGACUCAUGCACAUGAACGUAUGCAUUUUGCGAUCUGCAAAACACGGAUCCGCCCCAAAAAAUACGAAUGACGUACGCUUUUUCUUUUUUUUGUGGAUCCUUUGUAACCAUGCCUAUUCUUGUCUGCAAAAUGGACAAGAGUAGGACAUUUUUUAAAAAAAAAUUUUGGGCGGAAUGGACAUAAAGAAACAAGGCACACGGACUAAUUUCUGCUUUUUUUAUUUUUUCCUUUGCCAACCCAUUAAAGUGAACGGAACAGACACAGAAAGAAAAUGUUAGUGUGCAUGAGCCCUUAUAGCGGUACCCGGUCUGGGUGCAGCCACUUUUUUUUUUUUUAACAUCGUAUGGGAUCGGACUUUUGAGUUAUCUUCCUCUGUAUCCAGCUUUCGGUUGUUAUGUUGGAGCCGACCUAGGAAAGAGCAAGUGGUCGCUGGGAUAAAUGAUCUUCCUUACAGUUUCUGUU